ACUGAAGGAAUAGGCAGGGCCAAGGCAGCCAGCCAUUUCCAAGUUCCAGAAGCACCAGACAGGCAGGUCUGACUUCAGAAUGGAAUAUUCCGGACUUUUGAGCCUCCUGGUGCUAUGCAUCCUCGUCACAGAUGUCCAGGGAUCUGGUCUGACCGACUGGCUCUUUCCCAGCAGAUGCCCCAGACUCAGAGAGCGAUGUGAAUACAAAGAAAGGGAUGCGUGUACGGCGGACAGACAAUGCCAGGACAACAAGAAGUGCUGUGUCUUCGGCUGUGGAAAAAAGUGUUUACACAUGGACACGUAUAGACAUGACAUAUGCAGCUUGCGCAAAGACGCCGGCCCGUGCAUGGCUCUCUUUUUUCGCUGGUGGUACAAUCAGAAGAGCAAUACCUGCUCCCGUUUCGUCUACGGCGGCUGCAUGGGAAACAAUAACAACUUCCAAUCCAAAUCCGUCUGCAUGAGCGCCUGCUACAGAAGACGCCUCUCUUCCUGAACGGAGAAGGACACAGUGGGACAACGGCCAGGAUUUGGCUCGUGUUCUGAGGACCUGUCCCGGAACCUGCCUGAUGCUCCGGCUUGGCUUCCCCCGUUGCAGUCUCAGCGAUCCGAGGCCCUACCUCCCCCCACACUGAACCGCAGGGUCUGCCUGCCCGUCCUCCCUCUCCACCCCUUUUCAUGAAUACUAUCUUUCAGGUGAUCCCAUAUUUAUGCCUUACCCCUUAUCGCUGACUUCUAAAGCCCCCUGUUUAUACAGUCUCCAAAUUAUUCCCAAUAAAGUUCUUGGCUUAGUCCUUUACUCUGAAGCUGAGUCAUUCACACCCGCUUGGCACGUUGAGGCUCUUGGUGACAUCAGCGAACGGAGGACAGUGAGAAUCUUGAGAGUCGAGACUUCCAGGGAUAUUGUUAUCCUCCUCUGUUUCUUCAAAAUAUUGUAAAACCCUUUUAAGGCAAGGGCCCACGGAUGCUGCCUUAGUUUGGAUCUCCCAGAAACUGACCCUGGACAAGAACAUGGGCGAAGGAGUCUAUUGGAGAGAUCUCUCCCAAGAAGCACUGGGUGGGGAGUGUGGUAAGUGUCGCAGGGAAGAGAGAAGGGUCAUUUGUGAGCUGCUUAUCACUGUGGUGAACUGUGGCUCAAUCCCACCGGGGAUCCUCUAAAGAAUCAUGUAAAACAGACCUUCAAAUUGUCUUCAUCUGUCUCUGGGGACAGGGAGGGGAGGCACUCACCACUGAUUCCAUUCCCCACCUGAUGCCCAGGAUGCUAAAUCCCUCGCUCUUCCAGACUGUUUAUUCCUCAUGCAAGCUGAGCAACUCCCAGGAAGCCAGAGAAAACUCACAGCAGAGAAGUAGGGACUCUGGCACUGGGGCUGGGAGACUGUCCCUGUGCACUGGAUAUUAUUCAGCCAGAAAAAAGAAUGAAGUGCUAUU